AUGGCUAUUUUUCAAGUACGUGAAGAAAUCGACUACGGCAGAUUAACAUUUGACUGCUUUGCUCUGACGAAAUGGGACUAUUCCAAAACCACAGCGGACGACAAGUUGCAGUGGAAUGAGCUGGUUAUCGAGUUUCUAGCUCUCACUGCGCGUGGCCGUGAGCCCUAUCGCCUGCAAUGCGAAUGGAAUCCGCCAGUGCCUACGUUGGAGCAGAUCCAGCGCGUACUAGCACCGUUUCAAACAAUGUAUGAGCGUAAUACUGCUACUACAGCGCAUCGUGAGGCUCCCAUAUGGCUUCGUACUUGCUAUAAAGCGGACCUUGCCGAGAACUACAUUGCACCAGCAGCGUUAGGCGACAUAGUGAACUAUGGUAACGUUCUUGAUGACGAGACCCUGUAUAGCGACCUAGCUAGUGACUGGACCCAGAUAUUUCUCAGGAUCCCGUCCAUCCCCGAUAUCGUAGAUAUCCUGGACGAUCCAGAUUUGGAAGAUGAUAUUUCGAAUGAAGAUCUACCCAGCGAGCCAGAAAAGGAAUAUGAGAGAGCACUCUAUGACGCUGAACGACUAGAAAAAACUCUCAUAUACCUUAUAGACGAGGAAGCUCUGCGGGAGCGGGUUUUUAAAAUCAUGUGGCUCGAUAUACAUGGAAAUUGUGUUUGGGAUUUCAAGGUUCGCGAUUUGUUUAGAUUUCAAGGGCCACUUCUAAGCGGCUUGUUCUUGAAUGAAAUCGUUCGAAACUAUAGCUCUGCGAACGACCGCAAAAAGUGGACACGGGGUGCUAUUUUGGACUAA